CAUCUCAAAGGCCUAAACUCUCCCCUAUCCCCCCGCCCGCGCUCCGUUCGCUUUCCACCGUCCCGUCUCGUUUGCUCAUCACCGGCCGGCCGCCAUGUCGUGCGACGGCGACGAGGAAGAGCGCCCCGUCCUUACCUCGACGCUGCCGCCUCAGGUGAAAGUGAAAAUCGAAUCCCCCGACGAGGUCGAUGUGAAGAUGGGGCCAUUCCAUCCCGACUCCGACGAGGUGAUUAUGAAGGUCGAGGCCCACGGUGGGAUCGAGGUCAAGAGGGAGCGAACCCAUGCCGACCACGGCGAGGUGAAGGUUGAAGCCGCCGGCGAGGUCGAGGCAAAGAGGGAGCCAAUCGAUGCGGACUCCGACAAGGUGAAGCUUGAAUCUCCCGCCGUGGUCGAGGCCAAGAUCAAGAGGGAGCCAAUCGAUGCCGACAUCAAGCAUGGCCGGGUCAAGAAGGAGGAGCAACCCGACGAGAUCAAGGUCCCGGUAAAGGAGGAACGACGCAAAACUGCGUCGCCGCGCCAUGUAAAGGAGGAAGAGGAGGAUGACUCUAGUGAAGACGAGGUGGAGAUCAUUGACCCCCCGCCGAAGUCCAAGAAGAGAAACCGCGGAGACGAGGACGACGUAGUCUUCAUCGAUCUCACGACGUCCCGCCCGGCGCCUUACCUGAACCCAAAGCCCAUCCGGGCAAUGCCGCCGGCGGGGGCCACGCCAGUGAGCGAUUGGAAGAUGGUUGUGGCGCCGCAGCCGGCGGAGCUGGACGAGUACCCACCGGACCACCGCGAAUGGGUCUUCUUCACAAAGUCCUAUGCCACCGGGCUGUCCACUUGUCGCGGGAGGAAGUGGCUGGACGCCGGCGAGGUCGUCCACUUCGCCUUCCCUUCGCACGAAGGCAGGAUCAGGGUGUCGUACAGGCAGGCGGUGGCGCUGGCAGAGAUCGUGCGCUUCUCGACAAACCGAGCUGGAGAGAUCGGGAAGUUGUCUCCGGAGUGGGCGAGGUGCCUUGCCCCGCUGGUGAGUUCUUCCAAGGUUAUGAUCCAGGGGAAGAUGGUGUUUCCGAUGAUGGAGCUCAGGCUGAUGCAGGAGGUGUUGCUGUAUGUCAGCUUCUACAUCCACCGCUCGUCCUUGUACCUGAUUUCUCCUAAAAAUGAAUGUCAUCCAAACAAUCCCCUCCGCGGCCUCUUCAAGUUGCUUCGGCGAUUCGGCGUAGCUGAAGCCUGAAACCCGAAGCUCCCGACGAGGCGUUUGGGUCAACAUGGAGCGACAUACACUGACUUGCUUACGGUAGCGUCAAGAUCUCGUUAGAAUGUCAGGAUCUCGUUAGUGUACCAUUGCGUCGGGUAAUUUUGGUAAUGUAAUGGGGGAGCUAGCUUAGCUUGUGCUUGGUACGUCUGCUUCUCUCCUGCGUCCGUUUUGGUGGAUGCCGGGGCUGCGGCCCCGGACGGCUGAUGUGCGUUGAGGCAGCCGCCUUGGAAAGCGGUGCUUCACGCGGCUCCAUAGGACAGGGCAGCGGCUCGGCCUUCGCUUGGAUGCCAAUCUUGGGACACUUGUGGUAGAGUUGUCGGCUCGGUCCAUGUGCCCCAACGUGGACAGUCGAACGGUACGUCGGGGAAGCGG